AUGAACAAAGUUCGUCCUCGAUAUGCAGUUGACCGAUUUACAUACUCACUUGACAUUUUCAAUGAGGAAUAUGAAAAGAAGAAUCGUUCUUACCCUGUUGGUGGGAAGGCCCGAAAACUGUUCAGCUGUUCUCCAGCCAAAUUUAAAUCUCUGAUAUUUGGCCUCUUUCCUAUACUCACCUGGGUGCCCAAAUAUAAUUUAAAGGAAUAUGCACUACCAGAUGUUCUUGGUGGCCUGAGUGCUGGCACGAUACAGGUACCACAAGGUAUGGCUUUUGCUCUUCUUGCUAACCUUCCCCCAGUGAAUGGCUUGUACUCUUCCUUUUUUCCUCUUGUGAUUUAUUUCUUCUUGGGAGGAAUUCCACAGAUGGUGCCAGGUACCUUUGCUGUCAUUAGCAUUAUCGUGGGAAAUGUGUGCAUGCAACUGGCUCCAGAAUCAAAUUUUCAGACAUUAAACACAACUACCAAUAUAACUGUUACAGACACUGAAGCAAUGAAUGCUGCCCGGAUGCAAGUUUCAGCCACACUGGCAUGCUUAACAGCUGUUAUACAGAUUGCCCUAGGCUUUGUUCAGUUUGGAUUUGUUGCUAUAUAUCUCUCUGAAUCCUUUGUACGUGGUUUUAUGACUGCUGCUGGCUUGCAGAUUCUUCUUUCUGUGCUCAAGUAUAUAUUUGGAGUCACCGUUCCACCAUACAGUGGCCCUCUGGCCAUUAUAUAUACAUUUAUAGACAUCUGUAAAAAACUGGGACAAACCAAUGUGGCAUCUUUAGUGUUUGCUUUGGUCAGCAUAGUGCUGCUAAUCACUGUGAAGGAGUUGAAUCUCAAAUAUAUGCAUAAAAUCCAUUUUCCCAUCCCCAUGGAGAUUAUCAUCGUCAUUAUUGCUACAGCCAUCUCUGGUAGUUUUAACCUUCCUGAAAAGUAUCACAUGGAUAUUGUGGGACAGAUCCCUCUAGGAUUUCCUUCUCCUACCUUACCGCAAGUCAGUCAGUGGGGAGAAAUGGUUGGCACAGCAUUCUCCCUAGCUAUUGUUGGCUACGUGAUUAACCUUGCCAUGGGCAGGACCUUAGGAGCAAGACAUGGUUACGAUGUUGACCCAAACCAGGAAAUGUUGGCCCUCGGCUGUAGUAACUUCUUUGGUUCAUUUUUCUUUAUCCAUGUGAUUUGCUGCGCUCUUUCUGUUACUUUGGCAGUGGAUGGGGCUGGAGGAAAGUCACAGAUGUCCAGUUUCUUUGUCAUGAUGGUGGUCAUGGUAACUAUGCUGUCCCUUGGUACCUAUUUACUACCCUUGCCCAAGGCUGUCCUAGGAGCUUUGAUAGCAGUGAACCUUAAGAAUUCUCUGAAGCAACUUGCUGACCCUUUCUACCUUUGGAGCAAAAGCAAACUUGAUUGUUGUGUCUGGGUUGUGAGUUUCCUCUCCACAUUCAUCCUUGGUCUUCCAUAUGGAGUUGCUGUCGGUGUGGGCUUUUCUGUCUUGGUUGUCAUAUUCAAUACACAAUUGUGA